CUCGCCGCGCCGCGCAGGUAUGCGGGGGACGGGUGUCGGGGAACGUCGGUUCUAGAGUUUUCGGGCUGCCAGAUGCGGCAAAAGCCUGGAGGCUGCUCGGGCCUGGGCCCCGCGACGGGUCGGCGCAGAGCAGGUCACAGUGCCGUGGCCACCAGAGCCUGCAGGAUGUUUCACGGGAUCCCAGCCACUCCAGGCAUGGGAGCCCCUGGGAAUAAGCCAGAGCUGUAUGAAGAAGUGAAGUUGUACAAAAAUGCCCGGGAGCGGGAGAAGUAUGACAACAUGGCAGAGCUGUUUGCAGUGGUGAAGACGAUGCAGGCCUUGGAGAAGGCAUAUAUCAAGGACUGUGUCACCCCCAAUGAGUACACUGCAGCCUGCUCCCGGCUCCUGGUACAGUACAAAGCAGCCUUCCGACAAGUUCAGGGCUCGGAAAUCAACUCCAUUGAUGAAUUCUGCCGCAAGUUCCGCCUGGACUGCCCACUGGCCAUGGAGAGGAUCAAAGAGGACCGGCCCAUCACCAUCAAGGAUGACAAGGGCAACCUCAACCGCUGCAUUGCUGAUGUUGUCUCGCUCUUCAUCACAGUCAUGGACAAACUGCGCCUGGAGAUACGUGCCAUGGAUGAGAUCCAGCCCGACCUGCGGGAGCUGAUGGAGACCAUGCAUCGCAUGAGCCACCUGCCUCCUGACUUUGAGGGCCGCCAGACGGUCAGCCAGUGGCUGCAGACCCUGAGUGGAAUGUCAGCUUCUGAUGAGCUGGAUGACUCCCAGGUGCGCCAGAUGCUCUUCGACCUGGAGUCAGCCUACAAUGCCUUCAACCGCUUCUUGCACGCCUGAGCCAAGCCACUGCGAUGGGGGGGGCGGAUUGGGUGACACCUGCGCUGAUGGUUUUGUGGUGAUGGGUCCUGCUUCUCUUGUCCUCCACACAUGCUCUGGAGUCUGUGCAGGUCUUGCAGCAGUCCCAUUUGUGUGUAUGUGGUGUCAGGACGUUGGGAUCCCUUUCCCACAAUAAAGCUGUUGUCUGACCUCCU